GCCCAAAUUAAUAAACGAAAACUCAAGCCGACGCAUGAUGAUCUCGACAUCUUCCUCUCUACCCCUUCGUUUUCUCCGAUUGAAAAACCUGAAAAAUGAGUUCAGAUCGAUCCACUUCUGGACAAUCGUUUCGUUUUCUUUGUUUCAAUCAUUCAUUGAUGGGUUCCUUUCGUUUUCUUUAUUUCAUCCCUAUUUAUACGAUGAUGCCUUUUCAUUUUAAAAACCCUAAUCGAAAACUCACUCUCCGCAAAGAAACACUAUGUCGACAAAGCCAAACGGCAAAUCGAUCAUCUCCUCCUCCGACAGCAACGACGAGUCGAAAACCGGAUCUAAUCCAGUUCAAUCCGCCGUGGUUAAAGCGAACGGGAAGACGCAUGUUUCCUCCGAUGACAAUCGCGAACUAAUGCUCUUCAACGAAGUAUCACUGGGUCCUCAGGAAACGGAUUUGCGGUUUCGUCUGAUUCACUUCUGGGAGGCUCGAAAUCCACUGAAAAAGACUCUGAUCGGUCUUGAGAUGCUUCUCAUCGAUGAACAGGGGACCGUUAUUCAAGGCUUCGUCCCACCGGGAAGAAUCAAAAAAUUCAUGCCGCAUAUGAGACAAGGCGGUCUCUACACUCUCACCAACUUCUACGGAUCCAGAAACAAAGAGGUGUUCCGGGUUGCUGCUCACAGCGUGACAAUCUCCUUCUCCCACACUUCCGAGUUGGCGCCCCUUGAGAACAGUCCCGUGGACUUUGAGGAGGACCGUUUCCGGUUCCAUUCCUAUGAAGACUUCGAAGCUGGUUGUGAUAUGAAAGGUGAUCUUUUCGGUAAGUUUUCUAUCAUUUAG